GCGAAUUCAGGGCCGUACGCAUCACAGAGGGGGCCACGCGCACACAGCACGCCGCUACGAUACGUCAUUUGUCCCGGGGCAGCCUGCACCCAGCGAUAGGCACGCCAUCGACGCGCAUCAUGGUGCCAGACAAUCCGCUCACCUGCGCCGAGAAGCUCGCCGCGGCGCACGAGUCGGCGACGCUGCUCCAGGCGAGCUGGAAGGUCGCGGACAUCGUCGAUGGUGCCCUGGAAGGCGCCGUCGCUAGCACUCUGGAGGACGCGAGCCGCCACCCCGUCGCCGAGGCGGCCGCCGCGGAGCUCCUCGGCGCGAGCGCGGCGCGGCACGGCGUCGAGGCGCGGCCCUGGUUAUUAAGAUCGCCCCACGCCGCGAAGCACGAACGCAACGCCGUGCUGCGCGCCUGCGACCAGAACGUGAAGAGAGCGCUCGCUGCCAAGCUGGGUACGGAUGAGAACUACAAUGAAGCGCGCGCCGCCCUCGCGCCGGCUUUGCGAGUUGCGUACGAGCGCCACGGCGUCCUCUCCACGAAAGAUGUUGAUGAGAGCGCCCCGAAGCACGUCCGGUCGCUUUUGGAGCUGGUCGACGGCGCGGGCUUCCGCGCGGGCUGGGGGUGUAGAAUCGAGGACGACGAGGCGUCGAAGACGGCGUCGUACGACGCGCCCGUGGCGGAUACGCCCGAGGAGGCGUCGGAGGCCCUGCGCGUGAUUCUGGACUGCCGCGGCUGGUCGCUGCCGCCGUCAUUAAGAAGGAGACUGUGGCGGAUCCGCGUCGGGCCCCUUCCCAUGGCGCGGCGGGUGAUGCGGGACGUUGCCAGACUCGAGGACGACGGCAAGCCCUGCUACGCGGCGCAUCCCGCGGCCGGCGCGGCCUACGACGCCGCCUACAAAAGUUUUCCGCAAGCCUGGCGCCACGUCCUGGGCGAGGACGAUGCUAAACUCGUCGAGGACGCGGCGGGGCGCGCGCUGAUCGAGCUCCACGCGCUGAAGGGCACGUCGCUGGGGAAACGCGCGUCGACGUGCGCCGUCGCGGUCGCUUGUUUAGGGAUCCGGCGAAGUUUUGAUGAUGGCGACCGCUUCUCCAGUUCCGAGCUGCUCUUGGUGCUGCUGCGCCUGCUGUCGCUGCCGCCGGGCCAUUCGAACGACGGCGCCACCGACGGCGCGCAGCGCGUCGUGUCGGACCUCGACGAGCACGACCCCGAGUUGGCGCGGCAUCUGCGCGCGGCGUCGGGCGGGCCCCAGCAAUUGCGGGCGUUGCUCGCGGCGCGCGUCGACGUCUACUUGACGACGGUGUUUCCACUCGACGCGCUCCUGUUCGCCUGGGACCACUGCUUGCUAGACGGGUGGCGGGACGAGCUGCCGCGCUUUCUCGGGGACGCGUUGGGGUUGCUGCGGGACCAGCUCCUGUCCGCGACGACGCCGGCGGAGCUCGAGCUCGUGCUGCGGGACGCGCCGCGGGCGCUGCGGACGUGCGACGUGCGCGACGCGUGGCGGGCGCGCCUCCGACGGAAGGCCGCAUCUCCUAUGUCGCCGACGCGGCUGGAGCGCUCCGCCUCGACGAGCAACGGCGGCGGCGACCACGUGUCGCCGACGCGGUUGCGGCGGUCGGCCACCGUUAGUUUCUAA